AUCAACAAAUAUAUACAUACAGAUCCCCCAAACACCGCAAAACAGUCUCUCACAGAAUCCAAUUUCCAGUUUGUUUUUUUUUUUCCCAUGGCAAUAGCUGGCGCUUCCUCUUCAUUCGCUCUCAGUCGAUCUAGGUUUUCCGAUUUCCUUUCCGUUUCCGCUCCCAAGAUCUUUCUCUUCCAAUCCUCCAAGAUUGGAUCCGAUCUUCCCUCGAUUCGCCACGGAUUUCUUGGAUUCCGAAUCGCCUUUUCCCCAAGAAAGAAGAUUGUGCAUGCUUCUGUAGAUGGUGUGGAUUCGGUGGGUUCAACUUCAUUGAAGUCUGAGCAGGAUGCUGAUUAUGUUCCAAUGCCAAUUGUUCAAAUAGACCAAUAUUCAGAUUCUGAUGCAACAAUUGUGCAAAUUAGCUUUGGAGAUCGCCUUGGAGCUCUCAUUGAUACGAUGAAGGCACUAAAAGAUUUAGGCUUGGAUGUGGCAAAGGGAACUGUUACUACUGAGGGAUCAGCAAAACAAACAAAAUUUUUUAUUACACGAUUAGAUACUGGGCGCAAAGUUGAAGAUCCUGAUCUGUUGGAGAGUAUUCGAUUAACCAUUAUCAACAACCUGUUGAAGUAUCAUCCAGAGUCUAGUGAGCGACUUGCAAUGGGUGAGGCUUUCGGAAUAAAAGCUCCAGAAAAGAAGCUUGAUGUUGAUAUUGCAACUCAUGUACAAGUCAAAGAUGAUGGACCUAAGAGGAGCUUGCUCUAUAUAGAGACAGCAGAUCGGCCUGGGUUGCUAUUGGAAAUCAUCAAAAUUAUGGCUGAUAUUAAUAUUAAUGUGGAAUCCGCAGAGAUUGAUACAGAAGGUUUGGUAGCCAAGGAUAAGUUUCAUGUCAGCUACAGAGGGGCAGCGUUGAACAGUUCCCUGUCUCAGGUGUUGACAAAUUGCCUGCGAUACUACCUUCGGAGGCCAGAAACAGAUGAAGAUAGUUACUAGGGAUAAUGCAAUUGAUGUCUGUAUGUCAAGUUGUACAAUGUCACCUGUUGAAUCUGAAUGUAUCAGGAUAAUCAGUUCAUGUUCCUCACAACAUUUAGAGAUCUCUGGUAACAACUCUCUGAUUCCCACAAUUUUCAACAAUAAAUAAAUAGAUAAAAAAGAAGAUAAGAGAACUAGUUACUGGUUGAGCA